AUGCUCCCAUAUCAGAGAUUUGUGCCAGAUAUGACCUACCCUAGGUCUCAGAUUCCUCCUUGUACUGCAACCUUAACUCCUCAAAACUAUCCAUUUCCCUCUCCGGCUCAUUAUCAAGAGAAGUCGCCUGCUUCAUAUAUCCUACCCACUCGUAUCACUCCCGUGGGGCCUCCCUCACUACCAUAUCAUGCAAACCCAAGCCAAUAUGGUUAUCCAUUUCCAAGUUCCUUCCCUUCAUCACUAUUUCCCCCACAGACUGUGGGAGUUCAAGUAGACAGACGACCAAGUUAUGCUGGUGCGUCUGUUAUUGGUGUUGACGAUUCUCCACAGAAAAGCUACGGAUUUAUAAAUCAUGGCCCCAUCUUGAAUAAUAACGUCUACAACGUGAACUAUGCUCAAACUCCAAUUCCAGUGGGGAUGGCCACGCAGAAAAUACUACCGGCACCUAAAUACACUUGUGAAACAUGCGGUAAGAGCUUUCAAAAAUCCAGUAAUCUCAGAGGCCACAUGAGAAUCCAUUCAGCGAAGAGGCCAUACAAGUGUCCCAUUUGUUCCAAGACUUUUGCCCGUUCCCAUGACCAAAAACGACAUUACCUUGUGCAUGGAGGCGAAAAACGAUUCAAAUGUGGCGGAUAUUUGAAAAACGGCAAGAAAUGGGGGUGCGGGAGGAUGUUUGCCCGAUCAGAUGCAUUAAGCCGUCAUCUACGAACGGAAUCGGGAUCACUUUGCGUCAAGGCUCUUGAAGACGAGGCCAAAGAGGAAAGGGCCAGAAGUGAAUUGACAAAGGAACAUUACGUUCCAAACUCAAAGCCAUUCCCACAAUAUCUUCCAUUCCAGAAUGCAUUGCAUUGA